CCUCACUUCAUUGCCAUCCGACUUUCCUGGUGCCAUUCAAUCUUCCGAUCUUAUCAAGGCAGAUUGGCGAGAACUCAACAACCCAAAUCCAUCAAUUUGGAUUCACCACGUGACAUUAUUGGAAAGCCGGACGGCCCCUUCCCCUUCCAACACCGCGUUGUCAUCCGUGCCUUCCUGUGUCGAACAUCUCCUUCCUGCCAGCUUUGGUCGCAACUUCCUCGUCUUCAGGCCAGACUAGGCAGCCGCAUGUUCCUUCUAUCUUACAAAAAGUAGAAAUUGUCCUUUCCUUACCAGAAGCAAACUGCACCGACAAUGUCCAUCAUCACCAAAUUCCAGUCUUGGUCUCAGCAACUUACUCCUUUCUUCAUCUACUUACUUCUGACUGCCACUCUUGGUCCCUUGCUCUUCGGCUAUCACCUGGCCGAGCUCAACGCCCCUCAAGAUGUCAUCACCUGCGUGAGAAAGUCACUUGACACAACAGACUUUCCUAUUACUUCAUCCUCCCUCCCACAAUGCAUUCCAAUGAAUGCAACCCAGUUAGGGCUUGUGUCCUCCAUCUUUACCCUCGGUGGACUCGUCGGCGCCUUGGCCUCUGGGUCUCUGUCAGCUCGAUACGGCCGAUUGCUCGUCAUGCGUUACAACACCGCUUUCCUGAUGUUGGGUCCUGUCGCCGAGGCACUUUCUCCCAAUAUACUUGUUCUGUCCAUAGGUCGCUUUGUCUCCGGUCUCGGUGCUGGUACUGCUGUCGUUGUCGUCCCCAUUUACAUCUCCGAGAUCGCACCGCCUAGGGAGAAAGGCUUUUUCGGCGCUUUUACCCAGAUCAUGACCAAUAUAGGCAUUCUCAUUACUCAAGUCUUGGGCUACUUCCUCAGUCGGGGCUCAUUAUGGCGCAUCAUUCUUGCCGUCGCCGGCUUAAUUGGCUUGCUCCAGGCGGUCGGGCUCGCCGCCGCCGUCGAUAGUCCAAAGUGGAACGCUGAGAACGGACACACAAGCAAGGCAAAGUUGGACCUGAGGAAGAUCCGUGGUGCCCAAGCCAACAUCGAAGAGGAAAUCGCCGGCUGGGAGGCUGAAGACCAUGAUGAAGAGCAGCAAACUCUUCUCUCCUCUCCGGACAACCCCCCCUCUGCCCAACCCUCCUCUGUCGGCAUCAUUGGAGUCUUGCGCUCUCCCGACCAUAACCGUGCAAUCCUGGCUGUCGUUGUCGUCAUGAUUGCUCAACAACUCUGUGGCAUUAACAGCAUCGUCAUGUACGGAGUCUCUCUACUAGCAGACCUCCUGAAAUCCAACUCGGCCCUGUUGAACAUCCUCGUCUCGCUUCUCAACAUCAUCGCUACUACGGGAUUCGCCCCAUUGGCCGACACACUGGGUCGAAAGCCUGUACUUCUCACCAGCAUCGCCGGCAUGAGCAUUUCCAGCGUCCUUUUGGCCAUUGGCAUUCGCGCUGCUCUGCCCCUGCUGUCUGCCAUUGCCGUACUUUUGUUCGUUGCCAGCUUCGCCUUUGCCCUAGGCCCAAUCCCCUUUAUCCUCGCUUCCGAGCUCGUCGGGCCCGAAGCUGUCGGCGCUACCCAAUCAUGGGCUCUCGCCGCCAAUUGGAUUGCAACCUUCAUCGUCGCUCAGUUCUUCCCACUUGUCAAUCAAAAACUCGGCAAGGGCACCGUCUACUUUGUAUUUGCCGCCAUCGCCGCGGUAUCCUUUGUCUUUGUUGGCUGGUAUGUUCCCGAGACCAAAGGCAAGAAGGACGUCGAUGAAGUCUGGGGUAGGCACCCACGCAGGGAGGAUUAAUGUCUCCCAUCUAUUUGCCACAAUUGGUGGCUCGCCUAAUCAGCAGGGCAUUUGUUCUAUGCUAAAAAGCAUGCCAACGUCGGCCUCUGUCAAGCCUGGUGAACAAUGGCACGCACUGUGGAUUGUUCCUGGAGUUUUCGAUGUCACGUCCUUUGCAACGCUAUCCAGCGUUCACUAAGAUAUUAUCCUGGAUGAAAGCGAAUAUAAUGUUGAAGCCAGCUAUGUUUACAGCUAAACCAAAACUAUGGACCUCGCGUGGCAAACACAUUGCAAUGAGUCUAUGUGCAAGAAUCUUGUCGCACACUCCAGCGCACUAUAUGUGCAGAGCCAUGGCACUAUGCCAAACCAAAGCAAAGACAAAUCGCAAAAACCAUUCGACGCCGUCGUUUCAUGCUUCAUAAACGUCACAUGACAUCAUAUACAUCGUUCUGCCACUCAAUUCCGGUAUCUCAGGCUCACGGACUCGAACGUCUCAUUCUGACACUAUUGGGGUGACUGUGGUGGUGGAGGAUUUGUCGGUGGAGCCAAUGCCCUUGCUCGAGCUUGCGCUUCAGCCUGGGCUUGAGCUUGUCUCCCCAUGGCCAAGUAAUCACGAUUCUCGACCGUCACACUCUUGGUCAUGUGACUAACCUUGUAGAUGCCGACGAGACGUUCCGCAAGUUCAAACAUAUUGUUCCGCAGACUGAUGACAAUGAAUUGCGCGUUCUUCGUACGUUCCUUGAUGUAACCGGCAACAAUUGAUACCUAAAUUCGAGAGCAUUAAGUCAGCAUGACAAUCUCGGCAUUAAUUUUGGAGUUAGUGUCAAAACAAGGGUUCACUUACAUUUCUGAAGUCCAGAGCUGCGUCGAUUUCAUCCAUGACGUACAGAGGCGUGGGACGAUACACAUGUAGAGCAAACACCAGGGCAAGAGAACUCAAGGUCUUUUCACCGCCGGACAGAUUGCCAAUGUUCUUCCAACUCUUCUUGGGAGGCAUUACACUGAACAAGAUGCCUUCAGAGAAUGGAUCGAGACUGUCAACCAACUCCAGCUCUGCAUUACCACCAAGCGUGAUGAGUUGAUACAUUGACUUCAAAUGAGAAGAAAUCGUUGUGAAACCCGUCAUGAACUGAGUCAGGCGGAGGUUGCGAAGGUCC